AUGGCCUGUUGGGGCCCUGAGGAGAUGUGGUCUCGGUACGGAGCAGAUUGCACGGAUCGCGGCCUCGAACAACCGGACUCGUUCAAGCUACUCAUAGCUUGUUUCCGUGCUCAUACAGCGACAGUCAGAAUGAGCCAAGCAGCAAACAACACAUUCUGCAGUCCUAUCACUUCUGAACUGGGUGUAGUUCAUCAGACGCUGAGUGGAUGGUGCCCAAAUUUCCCAAACGUCGAUCAUGGGCGGUAUGGGCAAGAGGUCAAUAUUGAGACGUUAGAAACGAUCAUCGCCCGAUUUGAUGGAACUUUACAUGAGUAUAUACAGGAGGCUCAGUCGAGCGGCGACUGGACAAUCCGAUCGGCAUCGUGGCCAAUUACGCCAUGCGCACAUGAGCUUGCUCAUGGCUGCGAGAGUUCUUUGCCGCAUAUGAGCGUUCGGGCCAUCUUCUUUCCUAACAAGCGAGACUGUCCAAGUUCUUUCGUGAGGAAUCCUUACGUGGUAUUCUCGCCGCAAGCCGACCAAGACCGGCCUCGAAUUCUCCGGGGGGAGGGGGGACUGUGGUCGCCGUUGCUACUCAACAGCCAUCCGGUUCUGGCAAAGGACGACGACGGAGAAGACAACAAGACUUUAGCCAGGCUCAGUACGAAAGCCCAGCAGACUUCACGGCUAUCAGAAUACGUAGUCCAAUAA